AUGCCGCUGAUAAAGAACAUGCUUCAUAGGAAGCAGGAAAAGGACGAUCAACAACCUACUCAGGCUGAGACGCCUGAAUUUCGCAUCAUCCGCACAGAUACACAUACCGAAGAAUCGAUCGAAGUUCCUCCAUUCCAGUCGAUCGAAAGCGGCCCCGCGUCCCCUCGCAAGUCGUUUGGCCUCUUCCGCCGUUCCCUAGACGUAUCGUCCAGCAGGCGCAGCAGCCAGGAUUCACACUCGCCCCGAGAAAGUCGGCUGUCGCGACUACAUAUUGGCCAUCGGUCAAGAUCUGGGAGCUCCUCGUCCACUAAUUUGCCAGAGAACCUGCCCGAGAUCGAAAAUGAUAUUGAAGAUGAGCAUGAAAGGGAGGCACAGUGGGAAAAGCGGGCUACGGUUUUGGUGCAAAAUCGAUCACAAUCUGCGCUGUCGCCUGGGCUGAAGGAAGGAAGAUCGAGGAGUCCAAGUGUUGGGAGGGUGAAUGAUCCCGAGGGAGAUGAAAAUAUACAAGAGGCAAUUCGACUACACGAAGAAGGACAAAAGUCAACACAUAUUUUUGGCAAGCUGGCAGAUCCCCACGGCCAAAACAACGCUUUAAGUCAGGUUCUCUUCGGCCUCGCCUUAAGACACGGCUGGGGCUGCGAACCUAACGCCGAAAUGGCAGUCCAAUACCUUAGCGCGGCAGCUUCGAACUCCGCCUCGAUUGAAGAAGAGGCUCUUCGUGCAGGCAUGAAGAAAGGUGGAGCUGCCAAGGGUGAACUGGUGCUUGCUAUCUAUGAGCUGGCAAAUUGCUACCGCAACGGAUGGGGUGUGGCCAAGGAUCCCGCUGCGGCGAGACAAUACUAUGAGACAGCCGCCAACCUGGGAGAUACAGAUGCCAUGAAUGAGGCCGGUUGGUGUUACCUUGAAGGAUUUGGUGGGAAGAAAGAUAAGUUUACUGCUGCAAAAUAUUAUAGGCUUGCUGAGGAGAAUGGUAAUAAGACACUCGGUAACUCCUGGAUCUGGAAGGACAAAUAUAAACCGAAAUGA